AUGUCGAGAAAGUCAUUUCCCGAAUCAGAAUUUGACGCUGAUUCGAAUGGUGGUAGUCUUGUCGCUAGCCGUUGCUUUUGUACGGAGCUAUGGUUGGGUGAAAAUUUGGCGAGAAGUCUGAAAUCCCAAAACAUGUCGAUAAAGUCAUUUCCCGAAUCAGAAUUUGACGCUGAUUCGAAUGGUGGUAGUCUUGUCGCCAGCCGUUGCUGUGGUCCGGAGCUAUGGUUGGGUAAAAAUUUGGCGAGAAGGGUGAAGUCCCAAAAAAUGUCGAGAAAGUCAUUUUCUGAAUCAGAAUUUGACGGUGAUUCGAAUUGUGGUAGUUAUGUCGCCAGUCGUUGCUUUGGUCCGGAGCUAUGGUUGGGUGAAAAAUUGGCGAGAAGGGUGAAAUCCCAAAAAAUGUCGAGAAAGUCAUUUCCCGAAUAAGAAUUUGAUGCUGAUUCGAAUGGUGGUAGUCUUGUCGCCAACCGUUGCUUUGGUCCGGAGCUAUGGUUGGGUGAAAUUUGGCGAGAAGGGUGAAAUCCCAAAAAAUUUCGAGAAAGUCAUUUUCCGAAUCAGAAUUUAACGCUGAUUCGAAUGGUGGUAGUCUUGUCGCCAGCCGUUGCUUUGGUCCGGAGCUAUGGUUGGGUAAAAAUUUGGCGAGAAGGGUGAAAUCCCAAAAAAUUUCGAGAAAGUCAUUUUCCGAAUCAGAAUUUAACGCUGAUUCGAAUGGUGGUAGUCUUGUCGCCAGCCGUUGCUUUGGUCCGCAGCUAUGGUUGGGUAAAAAUUUGUCGAGAAAGGUGAAGUCCCAAAAAAUGUCGAGAAAGUCAUUUUCUGAAUCAGAAUUUGACGGUGAUUCGAAUGGUGGUAGUUAUGUCGCCAGCCGUUGCUUUGGUCGGGAGCUAUGGUUGGGUGAAAAUUUGGCGAGAAGGGUGAAAUCCCAAAAAAUGUCGAGAAGUCAUUUCCCGAAUCAGAAUUUGAUGCUGAUUCGAAUGGUGGUAGUCUUGUCGCCAACCGUUGCUUUGGUCCGCAGCUAUGGUUGGGUGAAAUUUGGCGAGAAGGGUGAAAUCCCAAAAAAUGUCGAGAAGUCAUUUCCCGAAUCAGAAUUUGAUGCUGAUUCGAAUGGUGGUAGUCUUGUCGCCAACCGUUGCUUUGGUCCGCAGCUAUGGUUGGGUGAAAUUUGGCGAGAAGGGUGAAAUCCCAAAAAAUGUCGAGAAAGUCAUUUCCCGAAUUAGAAUUUGAUGCUGAUUCGAAUGGUGGUAGUCUUGUCGCCAACCGUUGCUUUGGUCCGGAGCUAUGGUUGGCUGAAAAAUUGGCGAGUAGGGUGAAAUCCCAAAAAAUCUCUGGGAAGUCAUUUUCUGAAUCAGAAUUUGACGCUGAUUCGAAUGGUGGUAGUCUUGUCGCUAGCCGUUGCUUUGGUCCGGAGCUAUGGUUGGGUGAAAAUUUGGCGAGAAGGGUGAAAUCCAAAAAAAUGUCUGGGAAGUCAUUUUCUGAAUCAGAAUUUGACGCUGAUUCGAAUGGUGGUAGUCUUGUCGCUAGCCGUUGCUUUGGUCCGGAACUAUGGUUGGGUGAAAAUUUGGCGAGAAAGGUGAAAUCCCAAAAAAAGUCGAGAAAGUCAUUUCCCGAAUCAGAAUUUGACGCUGAUUCGAAUGGUGGUAGUGUUGUCGCCAGCGGUUGCUUUGGUCCGGAGCCACGGUUGGGUAAAAAUUUGGCGAGAAGGUUGAAAUCCAAAAAAAUGUCGAGAAAGUCAUUUCCCGAAUGA